CGGACUUUCGGCUUCCGAAAAGUGUUUGCAAACCCAAACAGCCACUUCCGGAUUUGCGGUGUUCGGGAGCCAAAACGUUCGGGAACUAAGCUGUUUGAAAACCAAGGCACGACUUUUAUAUGCAUAUCCCACUGAAAUGCAGCCUUUAAAAUGUUUUGUACAGUAGUCCCUCUUUAGAGGGUAGAAAAUCCACACUUGAACUCAUGCUAAUGAGGGCUAUAUUUCUCAAAAAAUGUAAAUGUAGUUAAGAAUUGCCAGCUAUUUGUAUAUUCAAGGCCUAAAAUGGUCACAGAAUCACCACAAUUCUUACCUCUUUGAAGCGUAAGUCCCAUUGAACUCAAUAGGAUUUAUUAUGAGCAGAUAAAUAUAGGACUGCUCUAUUAGUGUUUUGAAAGGUGCCCAUGACAUAAUUAUUGCUUCUGAACUCAUAUAUAUAUAUAUAUAUAUAUAUAUAUAUAGAGAGAGAGAGAGAGAGAGAGAGAGAGAGAGAGAGUUCUCUCAUUUUCAUUGAAAAUCUUUCUUCCUAUAAAUACUUACAUUAUUUGUUGUUGUUGUUGACAAAAUACUACUGAUCCCUAAUAAAUAUUGGUCACUAAUGUGUAUCUGAAACCCUAAGGAAAUAGGUCCCAAAAUAAUCAGUUAAUGAAGCUGCAAUCCUGUACUUAGUUGCCUGGUAGUUCAGUUCCAAUGUUCCUUAUUUCUGAGAACAUCUGUAUUGCACUGGAAGUCUCUUUAGUUUAAUAAGCUGGGCACUGCUGUUCUUGUAUGUAUGCUCAUUGUCUUCAAACACAGUAGCUUCUGCGUUUGCUCCCCUGGGAGGUGCUUUCCCUUGUAUUAAUGUGGUUGAAGAGUGUGCAAACACAGGACCUUGAUAUGUGCACUUGGGUGCACCACAGUGUUGUACAUGUGAGCAAGUGUGCUUUUUAAAGAUUCAAAUAUAUGUUAUGUGGGCCAGGAAUGAGUUAUACAACUUUAAUUACCUAUGACCUAGGACUCAGCUAUACAGUUGCAAAGACCACAGCGCCACCCACAUCCCUAAAAUAUAUAUUAUAUUUUCACAGCCUUUUUAAAUAUAUGUGUAGAUUCAGUCCUACCCAACUAGAAAAUUGCUGAAGGUUUUGGUGGGCCACUUAAAAUAUUUUUCUGCCUUUUGUUGGGCUUGCAAUAUUCAAUGUUAGACGCUGCAUGUUUUUUCAUUGUGCUUUCCUUGAUUCUUUUAUUUCUCACAAUGUAUUUUACUGUCUUAUUCCAUGGAAAAAUUCCAUUCUAUUAGAAUAAGUCUAUUGCAAUUACUGAAUUACAUAGAAUUCAAAUGGUAAUGUAAUAAAAUACAGCCUAAGAAAUAAAAAGAAGCAAUAAAAAUACAAUUAAAAAUCAAAACAGCUAUAUAAUGUGGAGUUGCUUCGGGUCACCUGAAUGAAGUUUGCUGUCCACUGGUGGUGUAUGGACCACAGUUUGGGAACCUUUGUCCUACUCAUUAAAGCUGCCAGAGGAAAUCUUCAUGAUAGGGAGUAGAGUUUGGAUAUGCAUUCAAAAGGCCAGAUUGAAAUCCUGAGCCAAUCAUGACACUAGGUGGUCUUGAAAAGACAUUUAUGCAAUACAACCUACAUAAUUGGGUUGUUAUGUAGAUGAAAUAGCUUCAAUUAUGCCACCCUGAGCUCUUUGGAGGAAAGGCGAGAUUAUAAGGUGACAGAUAAAUUAUACAUUUAAGUACAGUGUUUUAGUUUUUUCUCCCUGAUAAAUGCUCUUAAAUUCCUCUGCUGAUGAUUUCAUGGGUGUAUUUACAGUACAUCACUGACAAAGAGGUGCCACACCUUCUGAAUACUAGCACAGACAGUACCUUGGCUUUGGGGCAAGAAUUUAAAGGAGCUAAUUCAAAAAGCAAACUUGCCAUUUCCCCUGUAUGGAAUAAUUUCUAGUAAGCUAACUCUGGUUCGCCACCAGAUGUCCUUCAUGAGUAGGAAAAUAUGAUAUUCUGUAUUCUGCAUUCAUAACAUUCUAAGACCAGGACAGUGAAAGGAAAGUUUGAGAGUGAGAGAGAGCGAGCAAAUAUUAGGAGGUGAAACAUUCUUUUAAUAGUAUUGGUGUUUUAAUUCUGUAGCCUGAGACCUCAUGGAACACCAUUAUGUUUUGUUCAGCAAGGCAUAAUUUUCUGUACCCUUAAAAAUAGACCUUUAAAAUUUCAAAUGAAAAUUUUACAUAUAUGUAGGUGUAAAUUCACAUUUCCUCUCAUCAGUUCCUUGACAGUCGUAGAGCAUCCAGAUGAUUUUUUAAAAAAUUAAAGUAGCAUGACCUGAAUCCAAAUGGAAACAUUGCAAUAUUGAGCUCUGACUCCCCAGGGUCAUACUUCUCCAAAUGUGCAAGUGUAAAUAAGGUCUGGCUGAAGAUAUAUUGGUUUGCCUCUAAGUAAAUAUUGCUUUGCCUCUUAAUAAAACGGGUAUGCUCCAUGCAGAUUGGAAGGGUGCCCAGCCAAAUGGGGACUAGGGAGAAAGCUGGGAGUGGGUACCCCCCAACUUAUGGGAGAGCAUGUGUGUGACUUCAUUGAGGUCUGCAAUAAAUCGGUCGGGGAAACCCAGCAAACAGCCUGGAGACAUGCAACUUGCCCUCAUGAUGCCAUGGAACUCGGACAGCAGAGAGCAGGAUUCAGGGCCCAUUCCUCAGUUGCUAAGUAGUCAUAUGGCUGAAGUACAGCAUUCAGCCUGAGGCAAUUGGUAGCGGAAGAAGCCAUGCAUUCGGUGUUUUGGGCCGAAGUCCGUGGAACUCCCUCCCAACUGAAAUUAGACAGACGCUCUUCAAGCUGGACUUCAGGAGCAUGGCAAAAAUUAUCUUGCUCCGCCAGCCAUUUUAAGGUAGCGUUCGGGUUCCUGUUUGGUUUCAUGAUGUUUGGUUUAAUUUUACGUAAACCGCUUGGAAAUGCUCGCGAUUGAACUAAUUAUAUGAAUCCCUUUAAAUAAAAGAAAGAACUGGCCCUUUGAAAUGGAUGCAGAUGAUCAAGCACAUAUUCGCAGAGCUCGGUUUCCGAAUCCCCUUGUGCUCAUGGUGAUACUUCCACCCCUCUUGACAGCUUCGGAGGGGAACUUGGUCAAAGAGGUUUGCAGGCAGGAAACCCAGUGGCAGCUUUCGGCCAGGAGGAAGGCGGGUGGGCGGGGGUGUUAAGGGAGGAGGACUAAGUGACCAAAGGAAUGAGGAGCUGGCUAAGAAGAUGGGUGCCGUUUGAACCCCCCCCCCAAAUGAUCAGCUAUUUUAGGUGGAACAAGUUUCAUACCACACUGCCACAGUUUUUGCCCCAGAUGCUGUCGUGUAAGCCUGAGUACCAUAAGCUCAGAGGAAGUUUUGUGUUCUUCCCCCGAGACCUUUCAUUGAGUGGCUGGGGAGACUCAGCCAGAUGGGCGGGGUAUAAAUAAUAAAUUAUUAUUAUUAUUAUAUCAUUGGCUCCAGGGUAAAAAGACAACAACAAAGUUAACAUUCCCAGGUCGUCCCUAGGAGUGACUCAGGCUGCCUGUGGAACCAGAAAGUAUGGGGAGAGAGAGGGAGAAGAGAAAGAAUCUUACCCUUUGCGAUGUUUUGUUGUGGAACCUCACCUGUAGCAAUUAUUUUUUAGUUAUGCUAAUAUGUUAUAGCCUAUAUAUUUUACAGACCCUGUUUCUUCUAUAGCUGAUCCCUAGGGAAUGCUGUCACAAUAUGGGGUUGUUGUUUUUUAGGACUGUUGUGUCAACUUUGCAUCAGUGGAGACCUCCUCUAAACCCCUCUGGGUUCCCUGCAGAUGAUAGGAGGGAAGAUAAUAAGAUGAAGAGAUUUCUGCACAUUCCUCCCUCUUCUUUUACUAAUGUCCUGCAAUGGUGAAAUUGUAGUCCAGCAACAUCUGGAGGACCAUAGGUUCCCCACAUGGGUGUGACCAAGGGAGGCAGCUGCCCCCCCCCAAAUCAGUAAAAAUACUUAACUGAGAUUCUGGUUACACCCAUCGUUCCCCAUUCCUAACUUAAAGGUGAACACAUUGAAAAGAAUUCUGUUUUUAUAGGUGGAUAGAUAGAAUCUUGUCUGAGCUGUGCAUGUUUUGGUUUGCCUUAGACAAGCCCGUGUUUCCCAGGCUCAGUGCUGGAGUUUCCUUAUCUGUAAUAUGGGAGCUAUAACAGUGCUGUGCCUUUGUAUGGUUGUAAAAAUGCUGAAUAAUACGUUGUGGCUGUGGAUUUUUUUGGAGCACUUAAUUAUGUAGUGCUUCAAGUAGUAUUGUUUUUAUUAAAACAUGUACAAUUUAAUACGCAACCCACUCUUCUUCUUUUUAUAUAACUUGGAUUGUUUGUCAGGCAAAAGAAAGGGAAAAAGCAAGUAUGCCUGUUAUCUUGAGAGAUCUUUUGGAAUGAACAAAGAUUAACUGCUUAGUUUAUAAAACAACAACAACAAAACAACCCUGUUCUAAGUUCAUGGACUUCCUGUUAAAGUUAUUCACAGGUUAUUAUACUUCCUGUUAACCACUCUGCUUGUGAAAUAAGAUACGUUGUUUUCGGUUUGAGGGCCUCCAUAAAUAAGUCGUGGAAGGGAGAAGGAAACACAUGGGAGUAUAUAAACUUGCAUCUGAUCAUCUGUGAACUUCUUUUCCAUUACAUUCUCGUCAGCCAGCAAGGGUACCGUUCUUGCGACCCCUUUUCAAAUGGACUUGGAGCCUUAAGAUCCAUACAGAUCCAUUAUUAUUAUUAUUUAAAAAAAACAUUGUCACCACCCCAAUGUAAGUCAGUGUACUGACCUGGAAAGUUAGGAUGGCCACGUGAGAGACAGGACAGGGCUGCUCUGCCUUUCGAUAGCUGUAUAGAUGAGGAGGGAAUUUCAGCAGGUGUAACUUCUCUCUUGUAGCGCUAUGCUGUGAAGCAGCUAUGUUGAACGUCCCAUUGCUGCACAUUUUGGGAUGGCGAACUUAGGGCCCUCCCAGAUUCUGUUUGGAUGGCAACACUCCUUGAUCCAUGACCAUGCUUGCUAGAGCUUAUGGGAGUUUGAGAGUUUGAGUCCAUCAUCUGGAGCAGGGGUCGGUCAUCAACCUUUUCCAGCCAUGGGCCGGUCCUCCGUCCCUCAGACCAUGUGGGGGGCCGGACUAUAUUUUGAAAAAAAUAUAUGAACGAAUUCCUGUGCCCCACAAAUAACCCAGAGAUGCAUUUUAAAUAAAAGCACACAUUAUACUCAUGUAAAAACACCAAGCAGGCACCACAAAUAACCCAGAGAUGCAUUUUAAAUAAAAGCACACAUGCUACUCAUGUAAAAACACGCUGAUUCCCGGACUGUCCACGGGCCGGAUUGAGAAGGCGAUUGGGCUGGAUCCAGCCCCCGGGCCUUAGGUUGCCUACCCCUUAUCUGGAGGAAUGAUCAGUUUUUUUCCACCCUGCUUUAAAAGUCCAGCAGCCUCGUCUGUUGCAGCUGCUUAGUUACCCUUUUUGCAAUGGACAAUUCUCAACAAGACCCCCUGAUCUUAAAAGACUUUUUUCUGAAAAAGCUGCAUCCCCUAAGUCAUUCACUCCAAAGCAGCUUCAAGUAAGAACCUUCAUACAAAGUAUGAAAUAAGAUGGGAGGUUAAACUCGCCGUUAAGAAGGAUGAGAGAAUUUUUCAAGUUUAUUAAGUAAAGGUAAAGGACCCCUGACCAUCAGGUCCAGUCAUGUCCGACUCUGGGGUUGUGGCGCUCAUCUCGCUCUAUAGGCCGAGGGAGCCAGCGUUUGUCCGCAGACAGCUUCCGGGUCAUGUGGCCAGCAUGACUAAGCUGCUUCUGGCAAACCAGAGCAGCGCACGGAAACGCCGUUUACCUUCCCGCCGGAGUGGUCCCUAUUUAUCUACUUGCACUUUGACGUGCUUUUGAACUGCUAGGUGGGCAGGAGCUGGGACUGGGCAACGGGAGCUCACCCCAUUGUAGGGAUUCGAACCGCCGACCUCCUGAGACUUUCUACCCAGGAGGCUGGAGGCUCCGUUUAGAAGUCGCAGGAUACUGCACAUGCGUACAACGUAGAGGGGGAUCGCGCCGUGCUGCGCGGGCUUUUUAUUGGGAGGCUGGAGGGGUUUGGCUUGGGAGUCACGGGGUGGGGCGCCGACUGUCACCCCCCCCCAGAGUGGAACCCGGGGUGGACCGCCCCUAUCACCCCUCCUUGCUACGCCACUGGGGUGGGGGACAACAGGUUCCCCACCCCUGUGAAACUCUCUGGCUUCCAUGGAGUUAGUGCGAUCAGAUUUUGUGGAAGCAAGACUUUGGAACAAUUUCUUACGCAGUUCUUUAGUGAAAGGUGCCUUUUGUAUACGCUUGGACUUCUUAGAUAGGAGUUGUUUUAUAUUAUGGUGUUGUUGGGUGGUUUCUUUCUUUCUUUUGAACUGGUAGAAUUUGUUACAGAACCUUGUUAAUUUACAUUUUUUAAUGAAAAAGUUUAUGUCCUGCUCUUCCUACCAAAGGAGCUCAGGGCAGUGUUAAAAGUUAAUAUCUAUACUUGGCACCCACUUUCUGGAGAAGAAGAAGAGCUACUGCCCUGCAGAAUAACAGGAAAAGAACUUAUAAUGGAUAUGACGACUGAGCCUGUAAUGUGGUGAGCAUCUUCAUUCUAAAACACAAGGCCAAGCAAAUAAGGUUAGAAUGGCUGCUGAUCUAAAUAGUUUCAGGGUGGGUUUCCAUAUGCCCUCAUUUCAUAACAGAAAAGUCACAGGCAUAAGCACACAUGGAUAGGGUGUAAAUUAUAAUAAUAUAUGUGCCGUUAUAAGGAGACUUCCUUCUGAUCUCCUGGAAAUGAAGAGGACCAUGCUGCUAUUCCAAGCCCAUCUUGCAUAUUCUCUAGAGUACUGGUCUUCAGCUGGUGCUGGGGCCCAUUAGCAGAUUGUGGCCUGAUCCAAGGUGGGUCGCUACAAGAGUGCAAAUACAUAGUAAAAUAUAUAUUUGACCAUGCAGAUAUAUAGUAAAAUAUUAAUAAAUUGGUCCCCAAAUGCUUGUUUUGAUUAAAAGUGGGUUCUGGGUCUGAAAAUGUUGGAAAUAUCUACUCUAGGUUCUGGGCUCCCAAAUGCCCUUUGCAUCCCUUUACUUGCUUGUCAACCUUAGAUUAGACAAACUGUAAGCAUAGAUGUGCUUGCCUUCUUUGAAGCCAUUACAGAAACCCAUGCUAGUGCACCUGAUUGUAUCCUUCAGUGCACUAUGUUUCUAGGUUAAAGGAAUGAGGCUUCCAUGGCGCACACCUACAAUAGAAGAGGCUUUUUGUUUUUGUUUUAAAUAGCUCUUUGAAAUCACAAAGUCUGCACAGUUGCUCAGUGGAGUUCGCCUAGUGGAUUUUAGCCCAAUACCACAUGUGUUUCUUCAGAACUACCGUAAGCCAUUAUACUGAAUGGGGAGGUUAGGUACACAAAAGGAAAGUAUGCACAGAAUUAGCCUGCGCUUCAAGAAUGGGAUGGUAUCUGAAUAAGCUACCAAUUCCUACACAGAACUUAACGUCUGUUCCAAAUUAUCUCUCUCAUUUUGCCUCCCUGAUUACCACUGCUUCCCUUUUUUCUCUUUCACUAUAAGAGACGUUAACAAAUUUUAAUACCCUGCAGAAACCACGCUAGGAAAAAUAAAAACCCUCUCGCCUACAAAAUACGUUCCGUCGAAGGCAUUGUUUUAUUGCAGCUUUCUCCAACCUGGUGCCCUCCAGAUGUUUCAAACAACAGCCUAUAGUCAGGUAUGAUUGGAAACGCAUGGUCCAAAACAUCUGGAUUUUAUCCUGGAAGGGACUCUCCCGCCCGCGCCAAACGGGCUUGAGAACCAAUCUACUGUAAUUCUUUAGCUCGGGGUCAGCAACAAAACCAAAUGCAUUCCUCCCUCGUCCUUUGCACACGUAUAUUUCCAUUCCGGCAAUGUCCUUUCUCUGUUUUAAUCCUUAUCCGCCUAUACAGUAUCUUAUUCUGGGAAACGAGCAGAGAAGUCGAGCCGCCCGUCCGGCAAAAGCCAGCUCUGGAGUUUGCAGGAGGGAACGCCCCCUCCCGGGGAGGAGAGGCUUCGCACAUGACAGACAGGGACCCGGAGCCUCUUUAAUCGUCGCCUCCGCUGCCCAUCAACGAGAGGAGGAGGCGGGCGCUUCCCUCCGCUGGGUCGUGGUACCUGCGAGCAACUUGCAGCCGCUCACAUGAGUGACUCGAGGCUGCCCGAGCUGACGAGAGGAGAGCGCGCGCAAUUGGGAUUGCCUUGAAAAGCGCCCCCAGGCUUUCGCGCAAGGCUCUGAGAGGGAAUUUGACAGGGAACUGGGCUGCUUUGCUUUUUAAUUUUUUUUUGCAAGGAAUUUGGUUCCUGGGGAGAAAGCAAGGACGUGGGAGCAACGCUUCUUUUUCCAUUUUUUUUUAAACUUUCGGCAUUUUAGGUUGGGGUCCCUCUUCUUCUUCUUCGGUCCUCCAUCCCACCCCUCGCCCAGCUCUGUCAAGAAGUGCAUCUUCUUUUCCUUGUCCGAAUUGGGAGGGAACUUCUCUGGGAAACGGGGGCGACGAGGCGGCUUGCUCUUACCCCCCCCCCUGCGCUGCUUUCCAUUCUCCCUUUGCUCUUUGACGCGCAAGAGGAGCAAAACAGACGCCGGGCAAAAUUGAGACCCGCUCGGCGGGCGCGGAACCUCCGCGAGCCUCUCUCUGCUUUAUAUAGAGGGGAAUUUGCACCUGACCAGGGAGAGGAAUGAGGCUAACGACUAUAAAGGAGUCUCCAAACCCUCCCCGUCCCCUUUCAAUGAAUUAAACCCCCCGAGGGGGAUAGAUAAAGCGAGGAGACUCAGGGCGCGCUCGAGAAGCGCUUCCGAGGUCCAGCGAAAAAGCGAGCAGGUUAGGCGAGGCGGGCGGGUGGAGGAGCGAUGCCGCCUCCGAGGCUGCGCUGGCUUUGGUGGUGGGCGCUGGUGUGCAGUAGCGGCUGCUGCUCGCCGCCGCCUGCGCCGCCUCUGCCGGCCUUCGCGGGGGCGCUGCUGCCGGGCGGCGGCGAGGGCGCGAGCAGAAGCCAAGAGCAGCCCCAGGCGCCAGUCUCCUCCUCCUCCUCUUCGUCCCCGGCGGCGGGCUUCCUCUACCGGCGCCUCAAGUCUCACGAAAAGCGGGAGAUGCAGAAGGAAAUCCUCUCCGUGCUGGGCUUGCCGCACCGGCCCCGGCCGGCGCACGGCUUGGCUCGCCAAGAGGAGCAAGGAGCGGCUCCCCCCCUGCCGCCGACGCACCACCAGCGGAGGCAGCAGCAGCAGCAGCAGUUGGUGCCCCCUCCGGGCAGGCUGAACUCCGCGCCGCUCUUCAUGCUGGAUCUGUACAACACCCUGUCCAGCGAGGAGGACGAAGAGGGGACGCAGCAGCAGCAGCAGCGCACGAGCGGCAGGGAACCCCCGACGGCGCACCCGCUGCAGCGGAAAACGCUCCUCAGCCACCACCCAGGAUCUGGCGGCGGCGGCUCCCCAGCCUUAGCCACCUCGCAGGAUAGCGCCUUCCUCAGUGACGCGGACAUGGUCAUGAGCUUCGUCAACCUGGUUGAAUAUGACAAGGAAUUCACACCUUACCAGCGACACCACAAGGAAUUCAAGUUUAAUUUGUCUCGGAUUCCAGAAGGAGAGGCUGUUACCGCUGCCGAGUUCCGAAUCUACAAGGAUUGUGUUUUCGGAGGCUUUAAAAACCAAACCUUUCUGAUUAGCAUCUAUCAAGUAUUGAAAGAACAUCAGAACAGAGAUUCAGAUCUGUUUUUGCUGGACACCAGAGCAGUAUGGGCCUCCGAAGAAGGCUGGCUGGAGUUUGACAUCACUGCCACCAGCAACAUGUGGGUGAUAAACCCUCAGCAUAACUUGGGACUCCAGAUGAGCGUGGUGACCAGGGACGGUCUCGGUAUAAACCCUAGAGAAGCAGGACUAAUAGGUCGGGAUGGCCCUUAUGACAAACAGCCUUUCAUGGUGGCUUUUUUCAAAGUGAGUAAGGUUCACGUUCGAACGGCUAGGUCAGCCUCCAACAGGCGGAGGGAACAGAGUCGAAACCGCUCUACCCAGCCUCAAGAUGUUUCCAGGGUAUCCAGUAUCACAGAUUACAACAGCAGUGACCUAAAAACAGCUUGCAGAAAGCAUGAACUUUAUGUUAGCUUCCAAGACUUGGGAUGGCAGGACUGGAUAAUUGCACCAAAGGGCUAUCCUGCAAACUACUGCGAUGGAGAAUGUUCUUUCCCACUCAAUGCUCAUAUGAACGCCACCAAUCAUGCCAUUGUGCAGACUUUGGUUCACCUAAUGAAUCCAGAGAACGUUCCUAAGCCGUGUUGUGCCCCUACGAAGCUGAACGCAAUCUCAGUUCUCUACUUCGAUGACAAUUCCAACGUCAUUUUGAAAAAAUACAGGAACAUGGUGGUAAGAGCUUGUGGAUGUCACUGACGAAAAGUUCCAUUCAGAAAGAUCUGGUGCGCCGUUCUAAAUAACUUCCAUCCAGUGCCUCAAAGGGAAAAUCUGAAGCUUCUAGAACUGUAUUUGUGCCUUAAGGAGGAUUUUUUUUGGUUGUUGUUUGUUUUUAAGCAGAAGCAGGGGGCUCCAAUGCUACUUGUCCUUUUAAAGUAUUUGCACAAUGGGAGCCUUUGGUUCUUCUAAUUUCUAAGUACACCAAAGAAGAUUAUAAAGUAUGGACCAUGGCUGAAGCAGCAAAGGUACAGACCAAAAAACCUGCACGCUGUUUCGAUCUUCAAUUCAGUUUCUCUAAGCAGGCACCUGCCAAAUCCUGGUGGCGAUGCCCACAAGGAAAAAACAGAGGCUGUGUAGCUAAGAAAUGAAAUGCACUAUUCAAGGCAAAAAUCUCCAUCCUUAAAUGUAGCCAAACCAAGCUCUCCUUGCUUAACUUUAAAGACCUGCAAACUGAAGGUGAGAACUUUGAUCGGCAAGGUAAGUGCCUUGCAAGAACUGCUGCACUUAGGUUCUUGCAACACACACUGUGUUAAAAGCAAGUUUUGUCCCUUGCCCUUCAACAGUGACAUAACUGGCAACGUGCCCCUAUAGCUAUCACAGAAGGAAGUGUUCUAGAGGUUAAAUUGUCCCAUCAGGCUAACAGGAAGAAACUUGUACAUUUGUUCGAAAGGCAAUUUCUAUGCUUACAUUCCGCAGCUCUCCCUGUUGCUUGUUUUGAUCCCUCCCCUCCUUUUGAAAGCCUGACUGAAGAGGAACAUAGGAAGGUGGGGAGCAGAGGUUGUAGGACAAGACCAAGCAGGAGGACUGGCUUGCACUUACUUACUAGUGAGAUGGCAAGUUACUCAGUCUCACUGACCCAAUUAAAAGCACUCUUCAGAUUCCGAUCUGGUUGGCCAGGAAUAAACUUGCACCUCUCACUUCUACGAACAUGAAUUUAAAAUGUAUAUACAAUACUUAUUUCUUAUGUAAGAGAAAUGUUUCCCCAAUGCAAGGAAAAGUGCACUUCCCUUUGACUACUUUGCUCUUGUAAAUAAAUGAAAAUGAUAAUUUAUUGCAACUGUCAGAUAUAGUAAUUUUGAUGUACUAUUAGCAAGACCAAUUUUUUUUUGUAAAAAAAAAGAUUUAUUCAGAAACUGUGUGUGUAAACAAUUGUACCACUUGAUUUUUACAAGAGUCAUGACUUGCAGUUCAGCCUGCUCAUGAGAUUGUGCUUCAUAAGGUUUUUAAAAGUCACCAUGUAGAAU